CUCAGUCAGAAUGUCGCCAAAAGGCUUCAGUUGUAGAAAUGGCAGCGCUGAGACAGGAGCAUCGGUAUGGACUCUCCUGCGGCAAAAUCAACAAAAACAACCCGAACCGAACACUUUACCACGUCAAACUCACUGACACCGCCAUCCGAACCCUCGAAGCCUACCAGAACUUAAAGGCAUCUUUAACAAAUCAGCCGGCGAUUUGCUUCAAGGGAAACCAGGGGUACAUAAAGAUCCCCGCUCCAACUCCCGAAUCUCCAGAUGGAUUCAGAGUCUUCUCCUUCUACUUAUCCAGUGACAGCAAAGACAAGCCUCAGUCCAGCUUCGACUGCAUUCACCAGUAUGUUUCAGGGGAGGGCAGGGAUCACCUGGAGGGCCAGGGCAGCAUACAGGAUAAAAUCACGGUUUGUGCCACAGAUGACUCCUACCAGACGACCCGGGAACGCAUGUCUCAGGUGGAGAAGGACAUCUGGAGCCGCACAGCCAUUGAGAUCAAACCAGGGCCAAGCAGGUGUGUCAAAGUCCAGAGGAAGCACGGGCUGAUUUCAGGUCCAGAUAGCAGCACCAAGCACUCCCCCAACAACAAGAGGAGCCUGCUCCCGAGCCCUGUGGCACACCGACCCCUGAAGGAGCGCAUCAUUCAUCUCCUGGCCUUGAAGCCCUACAGAAAACCGGAAGUACUCCUCUGGUUGGAAAGGGAGCGGGCCAGCCUAAAGGACAAGGCUGAGCUGAUGUCGGUACUGGAGGAGGUUGGUAAACUAAAUCCUAAAGACCAAAGCUAUUCUCUGAAGGAUGAGUUCUACAGAUUUGUUCAGAAAGAUUGGGCUGGGUACCUGGAAGAGGAGAAGCAGCUCAUACACAGACUCCUGAUCAGGAAACUUCAGCCGUCGCACAGUAACCAGCUGAGGAGUCCCCAGUCCAACCAUUCAUUCCACAAAUCUCCCGGGGACUCUCCGUUGCAUCUCAGUCCUGCCAAAAACCUCUCAGUGAAACGCCCUCUGACCUUGGAGACGUCCAACAUCCAAUCCCCAAAAAGGCAAAAGCUGUCGGAGCCGUGUCAGCCGCUGCACUCGCCCUCCCACACGGACUGCGCCGUCAACAGGCCUCGUGGCUCCUCCGCUCACGCAAACCCCAACGCACAGAUCAAAGCCGGACUCGACAAAGCCAACAAUCAUCUCCCCGACGAUCUGUACUCGCCGCAAAAACUCGCCCAGUCGCCCACCGUAUCUAAACCGGAGAGGACCGAGGCGGCUCCUCCCGCUCCCAGCCCCAAGCCUCAACAGCAAAACGACAGCUCUAUUUGCACGGACCUGCAGCUAGCCAACGGCCAGCAUAAAAAGAAAAGGUCCAAAAAACACAAAGACAAGGAGCGGGAGCGCCUAAAACCGGGGUGGAUAGAGACGAGUCCAGACCUUAAGCAGAAUCAAGAAAACCUUAAAGACCACCAGAGGGAGAAAACACCUGUUAACGGAACUUCAGCAGAAGAAGUGCCUGAUUAUUUAAUAAAAUAUAGCCGCAUAACCUCGCUGGAGCUGCGUCAGCAGUACAGCAGCGACUUCUGCGCGGAGUAUGACGAAUACAGAGCCCUGCAUGACAGGAUUGGAGCCAUCACAGAGAUGUUUGUUCAGUUGGGCUCAAAGAUCAACACCCUCUCCCCGGGAACACAAGAGUACAAGCUCAUGGAGGAGCAAAUUUUGCAAAAGUAUCGGAAGUAUAAGAAAAAGUUUCCCGGGUACCAGGAAGAAAAGAAGCGAUGCGAGUAUCUCCAUAAGAAGCUGUCUCACAUCAAAGGUCUGAUUGCAGAAUACGACCAGGCACAGGGACUCUCCUAGUACCCGGGCUCGACCUUUCUCUCGGAGUGAAACACAACUGGACCAAAAGACUCCAAAUGGACCCGAGGACUGCUUGAUCGGGUCCAGAAGUCACUGAGACACUAUUCACAUCACUUCUCAGAGUGUUAAUGGAAUUGAGGAGUGUGUUUUUAUUUUCUUCUUUUUUUCCUCAGAAGUGGGCUGAAACCGCCGACUUGUGAUCAAAUGUUACCAUGUGAGAUUCUGGCUUUCAGCUCUGAUCGUAGCUAGAUUCUGUUCUGCUGUAAAACGCUGAGGCGGCAAACGCCGACGGAUGAGAUCCUUCCUGCCUAACUGCAUAACUAUAUCUUAUGAGAAAUUUAAAGUAUUAAUUAUGAAAUAUUGAAGUGGUGGUACAAUCAAUCUUAAGGGUAUGAAAAAGUCUUUAUAUUUAAAUGCAACAACAACAAAAAAAAGGAGUUUAUUCACUUUUGCUGACAGCACGCUCUCUGUUUCCUACAGUCAGAUUAGCUCUUAUUUAUUUUAACAGUGUUACGUCUUUCAAACCAACGGAUGAAAUUCUAAGCGUGUCCACCUUGAUUGACUUAAGAAGCCCACUGUUCUUCGUGACAUAGAUGUGUGGCUUUCCAUUUCAUUUCCACGCCGUGUCGGUUCGCCACAAAACCGCUUUUCCUAGUCCGGCGAUGCUGAUGUUUGCGUCACUUUUACCCAAGUGUAGCCUCCACAACCAUGAACUGCCUUCUCUCAGCUCAUCUCUAAAGCCUUUUGCUCUCAAGUUUACUAAAUACGGCGGUAUUUUUUCAGUAAACGAUGGAUUUAGUGAAAGGAGGGAAAAAAAAAGUUUACAGGGUAUUUAUUUUUAAUAAUCAAGUGUUUUUCCUAUUAGAUUUGUUCAAUUCUGGUUGAAGUGGCUACUGUUUUUUUUUUUUUUUUUUUUGGAGAUCAUAAAUUCACAUUAGCGUUUUAUUUUUUUUGGUGAAUGUGACAAAGACAGAUGCCUUUCACAAAGUGUUUCAUGAGGGCUGGUGGUCACGGUAAACCUCCGUGCUGGAAGGAGCGAUGUGACCUCAGGAGGCUGCAGGAGAGGAACAUCUGAUUAACCAGAUGUUUAUUCCCCCUUUCAUUAGCUGUGACCAUGACGUAGAAAUUCAAUUUAUUGUAGCAGAACUGCCGACUACUGUCUUACUGAUGGCCUAAUAGGAGAGAGUGAAGUAAUUACUGUCUGUCAAACAUUUCCAUGAAUCUGCUGUUCCUAAACGCUCCUGGUUUAGUUGAUUUUAAAAACACUUUCGGAUCAUUUUGUCUUCUUAUUUUGAAGGACAGUUCAGUUACUGAGUAGUUAUGCAACAAUAGAUGUAUCUGUCUUAUUUUUUGUUUGUUUUCUGUGUCUUAAUUCUCUUUUUAUCUGUAGUUUUGUGUUUUUUGUCUUCUGAAAUUCAGUUUUCCUGGCAGAAAUCCAUUCAAAAUGAGCUUUAUUCGUUAGUCUUGGAACAACGACCCAAAAACUGUUGUCGGCUCAUAUCCAUCGACUCUUCGGAUUAACACUAAAGAACUGUCUGGUAUGUUUCAAGGUUUUGACAGGAACGUGUUUUUAGCAUGUGAUGGUGACUGGCACUGAUCCCAAAUAAAAAAGACAGAUUUUAGGAUUUUAUAGGUGUUUAAAUGUUGCCAAAGUACAACAAAAAUGAUCUCAGAGCUGUGCUAUGCCAAAAGAAAUGAUCCCUAUCUUCAAUAUAGUGGAAUUCAGUAUGGAUUUGUUCAUGGACAGGUUUCUGUUGGUUGAACAUCCACAUUAAUUCAUUUGUUCAUCUUUCAUAUUAAAAACAAACAAAAAACAUUUUUUUCGGAUAAAGUAGGAAAGUUUACACCCAACUAUCACGGAUGAGAGUUUAAGGGAGAAUUUAUUAGGAUUAUUUGAUCUUUUUGAAAUGCUGUCAGUUUAUUGCUUUUUGUUCGUUCCAGAAAAGCAGAAGCCAACUACUGAAGGUGCCUUUACAUUCAGAAAACCCAGGUUCUUAUCAUUUAGCUGUCACUGGUUUGCUAAAAAUAAGCAAAAAAUUAAAAAAAGCAAAAUUUACAAACUUGUAGUUGAACACUGUUUCUACUUUUCAAAAGUUCUAAUCUUUAAACUUUAUCUCAGCUGCCUUCUGGAAUAGUCAAGGCACUGACGUGCUUCAAUUACUUUAUUUUGUCUAGUUCUCUAGAUACUCUUUAAGAUAUUUGCUCAUCUGCACAUUUGAAUCAACAUUUUUAGGUUUCAGAAAACCUUUCAGAUCCUUUUAUCUGUACUGGAACACCAGUGGAAAUGUGAAAUAAAGCAUUUAUCAUUCAGAUAUAACUGCUUUUUUUGGUUACUACGAACAAAUCCAUUAUAAAUUUGUUGGAAUUCAUCUAAAUUCCUUCACUCCUCACAGCAAAACCCUAGUAUCAUGAAAGGGAAUCUAUUUUUUCAAACUGUUGGGAUGCCGUUUGGUGUCAUCCUCUGGAGAAAGCUUUCUAAAAGUGUAUCGUCAACGUGAAAUAAAAAUAAAACUCUUUGAUUCAG